UAACCGGCAUUUGACGUGUCCUACUGCUUGGCCAGAACGAUUGUUGGUCUGCUUGAUUGCUACGUGUCGAGUAAGAACGAGAUUGUGCAUGUAUGGAGAACAUCUCGUGAAAAAUUACGUAAAUCAUUGUGUUACCGGGCGAGAGGACAAGAAACAAUGAUACCAAAUAAAGCAUCUGCUCCUUAUACGAAGAAAGUUUUAUUCCCGGACAAGAAACCACCGUCUAAGCAAAUGAAGUCUUCGACGCUAACGAAUGCCGCUGGGCUCAGCUCCCUUAUUACUUUCACGAUUUUACUUCUUGCUUGGAUCUCAGGAUUUGCUUCUCGGCUUUUCGCCGUUAUCCGAUUUGAGAGCAUUAUCCAUGAGUUCGAUCCUUGGUUUAACUAUCGAGCUACAGCAUACAUGGUCCAACAUGGAUUCUAUAAUUUUUUGAAUUGGUUUGAUGAGAGAGCAUGGUAUCCAUUGGGUCGUAUUGUUGGUGGAACAGUUUAUCCUGGUCUCAUGAUAACAUCAGGAACAAUUCAUUACAUUCUUCACUCACUUAAUAUUCCAAUACACAUCAGAGACAUUUGUGUAUUUUUAGCUCCUAUUUUUAGUGGUCUUACAGCCAUUUCAACCUAUUUAUUAACAAAGGAGCUCUGGAGCGCAGGUGCUGGUUUAUUCGCUGCUUGUUUCAUUGCAAUAGUUCCUGGCUAUAUUUCACGCUCAGUAGCUGGUAGUUAUGAUAAUGAGGGUAUUGCAAUUUUCGCCCUCCAAUUUACCUAUUAUUUGUGGGUCAAAUCAGUAAAAACUGGCUCUAUAUUUUGGGCAUCAAUGACCGCAUUAUCCUACUUUUAUAUGGUCUCUGCUUGGGGUGGUUAUGUUUUCAUCAUCAACUUGAUUCCAUUCCACGUAUUUGCGUUGCUGGUCAUGAAUAGGUACAGCAAUCGGCUCUUUACAAGUUACACAACAUUCUACAUUUUGGGGUUGUUAUUGAGUAUGCAAAUACCAUUUGUUGGUUUUCAACCAAUACGAACAUCUGAACACAUGGCUGCUGGAGGUGUUUUCGGAUUACUGAUUUUUGUGGCAGCUCUCAGGUAUCUCAGAACAGUACUUACGAAAUCAGAAAUGAAGUACUUCGGCGGCGUGGUCGCCGUAACUGCAGCAAUUCUCUUGCUAAUUUUAAUUGCGUUGACGUACACCGGAGUUGUCGCUCCUUGGAGCGGACGUUUCUAUUCACUGUGGGAUACCGGAUAUGCGAAAAUUCACAUUCCCAUUAUUGCCUCGGUGUCCGAACAUCAACCUACCACAUGGUUUAGUUUUUUCUUUGAUCUACAAAUACUGGUAACCACAUUCCCUGUUGGAUUAUGGUAUUGCAUCAAACAUAUCAACGACGAGCGCGUUUUUGUUAUUCUAUACGCUAUAAGUGCGGUAUACUUUGCUGGAGUGAUGGUACGUCUCAUGUUGACCCUUACCCCUGUCGUAUGUAUGUUGGCCGGAGUUGCCUUCAGUGGACUCUUGGAAUUGUACCUGAAAGAAGAAGAUAGAGAAAAUGGUGAUCGCGAGGGCGAUGGUAGCGAGGAGGAAAGUGAGGAAGAACGCGAAAGAAGUCCCGGAAGGGCAUUGUACGAUAAAGCUGGAAAAUUAAGGCGCAUGAAGCACGAAAGACCUAAGGGCAGUGGAGAUGGAUUGGGCGCUAAUUUACGGAAUGGUGUUGUUAUUGGUAUACUUAUGCUGCUGAUGAUGUUCACGGUUCAUUGUACUUGGGUCACGAGCAACGCAUAUUCUAGUCCUUCUAUCGUUCUCGCAUCCUAUAGCAAUGAUGGUGGUAAAUCCAUUCUGGAUGAUUUUCGGGAAGCUUAUUACUGGCUUGCUCAAAAUACGCCUAAUGAUGCCCGAGUCAUGAGUUGGUGGGAUUAUGGGUACCAGAUUGCAGGCAUGGCCAAUAGAACAACCCUGGUGGAUAAUAAUACAUGGAACAAUUCGCAUAUUGCAUUAGUCGGUAAAGCAAUGAGCUCGAAUGAAAGUGCUGCAUAUGAGAUCAUGACCUCUUUGGAUGUAGACUACGUUCUAGUGAUAUUUGGAGGAAUGAUCGGCUAUUCCGGUGAUGAUGUUAAUAAGUUCUUGUGGAUGGUGAGAAUUGCAGAAGGCGAACAUCCCCAUGAUAUUCGUGAAAGCGAUUACUUCACAGAAAGGGGAGAAUUCCGUGUCGAUUCUGAAGGUUCGCCAACUCUUCUUAACUCUCUAAUGUACAAGUUGAGUUACUAUCGUUUUGGAGAGGUGAAAAUAGAUUAUCGAUCACCAUCUGGUUACGAUCGUACUCGCAAUGCCGAAAUUGGAAACAAGAAUUUCCAGUUAACAUACUUGGAGGAGGCUUACACUACUGAGCAUUGGCUCGUUAGGAUUUACAGGGUUAAAAAACCAGACGAAUUUAACCGCCCGAGGAUCCCAAUCUCCGAGCGUACUAUCACUCGCCGUACAAACUCAUACAUUAGUAAAAAGUUGAAGUUAUGGGGGGUGGGACAUUGAUGUUUCAGACGGCGAGACGCAAGAAAGGUUUCAUUAAAGGUCGACCGACUGUUGUAAAGGGACAAAAGCCUCAGCGGAGAACAAGUGCGUAACGUAAAUAUUUACGAUCAAAUUCUCAUACAACAUUCAAUCAUGACGUUUUUAAUAAAAAAGAAAAUUGAGAAAUCACCGUCCUUCGGGUCUACCAUACAUUACAAAUCAGGAUAAGAUAUAAUACCAUUGAACACAUUGACUUGAUUCGAAGAGUGGAGUAGAAGGAAUAGCAUUGAAAAUUGAAUGAUGUUUUUCGAAGACUGUAUCAUCGGGACUACUUUCACUACUUACUACAGAACAUGAUUUGCAUUUGUAAGGUAUUGUAACAUACAUCAUGUAAUUGUGUCAUACGUAUAUAUAUCGAAGAUUUAUAUGUUAUUUCCAAAUAGUGUAGUAUCGUGCCCGUAAGUACCACAGAGGCAAUAUCUAUUUUCGAUACAAGGGUAAUGUAUGACUACUGGCCUGUUGAUUUAUCAGAAAUGUCAUACAGUAAAAUCAUAUAACACAUUAUUCUGUUUCCUUCGUCUUUGUAAAGCACUCUAGGGCCGAGUCAGUGUGUCUUACAGCAAGCUUUAAAGCUUUAACAAAAUUUGUUUGCUAUUAAUAAAAAUUUAAACCACUAAAGCUCUAAACUAUGAUUAAUGACUAUUACAAUAUUUGGAUAGUAUAGUGUUUUUCCAUCAUUUAUUUUCAAAUUCUUAAACAAGAGAAGCAAGAUGCUAAAAUCAUUUUUGCAUCUUCUGUUAGUCAUUUUCUUACUAGUAAAAAAAAAUGUUUUCAUAAUAAACUCAUUAAAUAUUGUGUCACAAUUGUGAAGGAAAACAAAUGUCAAACAAUGUAAAACAGUAAAAAUGGUCCAACACUUACCAAUGUUUGAUCAUUGAACUGAAAGGGCUUGUAUGUGUGUCCUGUGUACACAAUUUGUUGUAUAGCGUCUUGUUAAAAGAUAAAUAUUUGCAAUAACAUACCUUUGUUGUUAAAAAAUUUCGUAUUCAAUUUGUCUGUUUCGAUAUGUGGUGUCUAUGAGUAGAAGUUUUGAUAAUGAUUUCAUACUAUUGACCACUAUGAUAUAUGUGUAUACAUAUAAUCAUGAGUAUAUUGAGUUAGUAUUAAAUGAUUAAAUAGAAGACAAGUAUCAUGUCAAAAUUAAUUACUUCUAGUGCACCAUUCCUUGAACAAAAGUACACCAUGUAUCCUCCUUCAAAUAAUUAAUAUACACCUAUGUGUUAAUGUUUCUGUUUGUAAUGAGGAAAAAGAACGUACGAACAAAUUAUGAAAAAUAAUGCGACGGACUGGUAAAUUGAAUACAGAAUAAUCUGCCGCUUCGACAACGAAUACUAUUUCGUAAUAUGGUUUAUUUUUAAUACGAGGAAACCAAAAUAUCUCAGGAUAUCUUGUGCAAAGAUGCGUUUAUGAGUAAAGGUUUAUUUUUUGUUCAGAUUAUUACUUCAAUUUCUGUUUCGUAUGCUCCUGUGAUUUUCAAAAGUAUAAUUAUAUUUUUAUUGCUUGGUGAGACCAUUUCAAUAAAAAUGUUUUAUAGAA